AUGGGAGUCAUAGUUUUGUAAUGAUGUGGAGCAAUGACUACGGAGAAGGCAGAAAACUACAAAUAUUUCGUAUUUCUAGGAGAGACUGUUGAGUUAAACGGGAGUUGUAGUUUCUUAACGUUUUUGGCGAACCAGUCCAGAUGUUUGGUAGUUGGACACAGCAUCAACUGGGACAAAACUUUUGUAUAGAGACAGACAGACAGGCAGAUACUAAACAUAAGAAUAAAUAACUAUCAUAAAGACAAGGACAUUCUUAUUAUUUACAUUUUUUUAAUGCAAAUUUCUGUAGCUAUUAUUAUUCUGUGAUUUCUAAGUGAGUAAGUAGGGUCCAAGAUCAGGGCAGGCAGGAGACCUGGUCCCGGAGCCAAGCCCGUGGAGGAUGCACUGAGCUGGGUAACAUCUGCUGAGGCGUCCCCUUAGCACUACCAUGGCUUCUGACACUCCAGCGUCAGGACCUGCUCCUCUGGGCUCCCAGGUCCAUGCAGCUGCCGUCAAUGGAGACCGGAGUGCCCUCGUCAGACUCGUCACAGCGGAUCCCUCUCUGCGUGACCGCGAGGACCAGUUUGGGCGCACCCCCCUGAUGUACUGCGUCCUGGCUGACCGGCUGGACUGUGCCGAGACGCUGCUGAAGGCCGGGGCCUCUGUCAACAAGGCAGACCACAGCCAGCGCACUGCCCUGCACCUGGCUGCACAGAAGGGGAAUGUGCGGUUCCUGAAGCUCCUUCUGUGUAAUCGUGCUGAUUGGCUGCAGAAGGAUCUAGAAGAUAUGACACCCCUUCACCUGGCAACCCGCCACCCCUCCCCCAAACCACUGGCCCUCCUCCUCAAACACAUCGGCCCUGGAGAGGUGGACACACAGGACAAGAACAAGCAGACGGCCCUCCACUGGUCAGCGUUCUAUAACAGGCCGGAGCAUGUCAGACUGCUCAUCAAACACGACUCCAACAUCGGCAUCCCAGACAGCGAGGGCAAGAUCCCCCUGCAUUGGGCUGCCCACAGCCAGGAGCACACCGCCACACACACCGUCCGCUGUAUACUGGAGGCAGCCCCGACCGAGUCCCUGUUGAACUGGCAGGACUACGAGGGACGCACGCCGCUGCACUUUGCCGUUGCCGACGGUAAUGAGGCGGUGGUGGAGGUGCUGACGUCGUAUGAAGGCUGCAGCGUCACGGCCUACGACAACCUGUUCAGGACCCCGCUGCACUGGGCCGCUCUGCUGGGACAUGCCAGGAUAGUGCACCUGCUUCUGGAGAGGAACACCUCUGGUACCAUCCCAUCAGACAGCCAGGGGGCCACGCCUCUUCACUACGGAGCGCAAAGCAACUACGCUGAGACGGUGGGGGUGUUUCUGUCCCACCCCUCAGUGAAGGAUGACCCAGACCUGGAGGGCCGCACGGCGUUCAUGUGGGCCGCUGGGAAGGGAAGUAAUGAAGUGAUCCGCACCAUGCUGACGCUCACGCCUCACAUCGACAUCAACACGUCAGACAAGUACGGAGGCACUGCGCUCCAUGCAUCCGCCCUGUCAGGUCACGUGAGUACAGUGAGGCUGCUGUUGGAAAGAGGGGCUAUGGUGGACAGUCUGGAUGUGAUGAAACACACACCUCUGUUCCGAGCCUGCGAGAUGGGACACCGUGAUGUCAUCCUGACACUCAUCAGAGGCGGUGCUCGUGUGGACCUGGUGGAUGUGGACGGACACACUGCUCUGCACUGGGCCGCUCUGGGGGGCAACGCGGAGGUCUGCCAGUUGCUGAUGGAGAACGGCAUCAGUCCUAACGUCCAGGACCAGGCUGGCAGGACUCCUCUCCAGUGUGCCGCUUAUGGAGGAUACAUCACCUGUAUGGGUGUACUCAUGGAGAACAACGCUGACCCCAAUAUACAAGACAAAGAAGGCAGGACAGCUCUCCACUGGUCAUGUAACAAUGGUUAUCUGGACGCCGUGAAGCUGCUGUUGAGCUGCGGUGCCUUCCCCAACCACAUGGAGCACAACGAGGAGAGGUACACACCCCUGGACUACGCCCUCCUCAGGGAGCACAGCGAGGUGACCCAGUACAUGCUGGAGCACGGAGCUCUGUCCAUAGCAGCCAUCCAGGACAUCGCGGCCGCCUCCAUCCAAGCUGUGUAUAAGGGAUACACCGUCCGCAAGGCCUUCACCGACCGGAAACAGCUGCUGAUGAGGCACGAGCUGCUACGCAAGGACGCAGCCAAGAAACGUGAAGAGGAGCAGCGAAGACGAGAGGCGGAGCAGCAAAUCUCAUUGGCCCGAACUGAGAAGCAGAGGAUGUUACUGGCACGAGCUGAGAAGGAGCAGCUUUCAUUGGCUGAGACUAUGAAGGAGCUGUCAGUGUGUGAGAGAGAGGCUGGGGGUGGUGAUAAGACAGCCCCAAAGGUAGAACACACCAAGAGAAAAGAGGAGUCAAAACACAGAGCACACAGUAGCAGAUCUUCCAAGAGAGGGACUGACUCAGCGCCAUCUAAUUACCCUGACCCUGUGGUGACCUCUGACCCUGUAUCCCAGGGUUCUAGGGUCAAGGAACGUCUGUCACCCACAGGCUGCAGACGAUCCCCUAGCCCCAAACCCAGACCCCCCAACACACGCAGGACCCAGAAACGCAUCUCUGCAAACAGUCAAACUCCUAACACACAAUCUACCUCUACCACACACACUACAGCCAACGCACACACAUCUCCCUCUACCACAUACACUACAGCCAACACACACCACACUAGAGCCAACACACACACAUCUCCCUCUACCACACACACUACAGCCAACACACACACAUCUCCCUGCACCACAGUGGACCACCAAGCCCCAGGCACCAAGAAAUGCCCUCCUAGAAGGAAGAGAGACACACCCAUCACCACGCCCAUUCCCAGAAACAAGGACCACACUACAGACCAUGCUACAGACCACACUCCCACCAGAAACAAGAAAAACACACAUACCACUACAAACAGCCCCAAAAAACUGACACACCCUGCUACAGACCAUAGCUCCUCCUCCAGCAAGAAUCGCACUAAGGUCACCCCACAUACAACCACACAUUCACAGUGCUCCAGCAGCAGCAAGCCCAGAGAGGGGGAUCCAGAUCAGGCUGCCUGCACUAUCCAACGAGCCUGGAGGAGGUUCCUUGUGCGAAGAAGACUGAGGCAGGCUCUUGGUUCGGCAAAAGGGGUGGAAUCAUCUGAGGCCACCUCCCUCCUGCUCCAGCUGCUCUGGGAAAGGCCAGUUUUUCCUGACCACUCCCCUAUUAGGAGUAGGACCAAGCCUGUGGCCCGAGUUCCACCCACCAAGACAGCAGACAAGAGCUCAGUGCUGCAAAGCAUCUAUGGAGGUUCUGUUGCCCGAAGGGGCCGGUCUCUCAGGGGUGCUCAGUCCCAGAUACUACUGGACCUGUCACUUCGUACACACAGCCAGCUGAGCAGUAUGGAGUGUGUUCACCUGUGUGACGCGGUGGGCCAGGCAAGGCAGUACUCCUACCACCUCCGACCCCACAGCACUGGACAAGGGGCGCAGGGCAAACGAUGAUGACCACACGCACAGGAAAGGCCCACGUGACCUCAGUGUUAUCGCCUUGGCGUUGCUUAGCGACCCAGCUGCCACGCCAAAGCUACCAGUCGAAUUGUUCUCUCUUCCGGUGUCAAGUAUUAAAAAAAACAAAGCUAGGUUACAUCAGUCGUGACCUCACAGGGUCCAUUUAUUAAGCGUGUUGGUGCAAGAUAACCUUUCAGAAAACAACCACACACACACACACACACACAAAUAACCUUUCAGAAAACAACCACACACACACAUACAAAUAACCUUUCCUCAGUUGAAGGAGUCCGUCUGUCAACAGCAGGUCAUACAGCUAGCCCACCUGCAGCCACACACACUUUUCCUUUCAGCCGUAACACUUGUUCAUAACCCGCCUGGCCCCUCCCCCUCUGUCGUGACAUUCGAUACACAGCUUCACACAGGGUAGUUGGCAAGCCGUUACCCCCGUCCACAGGCCACCCGCCCCCUCUGUAGGACUCUGUACAGAGGGAUAUUUAACAAGACUACGCACUGCAUUUUUGGGUUGGGGGUCUUACGUCUCCAAACAUGUCUGAUGCAGAUCUGUACGUCCUGCUCUGGAUAAGCCCACAGUGCUAAAUGAAUACAAUUUAAAUUGCCACGGCAACACAAAAACUCCAACAGAAGGCUUUAAAAUUAUGAAUACCAACCAAGGGUGUUAAAUACCAUAUUGUUUUUGUACUCUUUUUUUCAUAAAGCUUGUCAAUAAAUGGACAUACAUGGUC